AUGGCCGGACGGCAAACUCCAACACCCUUAUCUGACUCUGGUAUCGACUUCCUGUACUCCGGCUAUACGCGCUUCAAAUGGGAAACGGGCGAGCUUGGCUACUUUGGCCUCUUCCCUCUGUCGCCAACGACCAUCGAGCGCUGUCGGACUCAGAUACAGCUGAAGACGGUGUACAUAUGGUACCCUGGACGGAGCUGUCUAGGUUCGCCGGCGGGCUCCCUCCGGAAGCCGCAUCAGACGAUCUCCCUGAUGCUGCUUCGCAAGACUCGUGACGCCCUUCGUACCAGAGGGUACACGGCCGAACUUCGGGGCCCAGACCAGGAUCAUCCGACGACGCACUGGCUUACACUUUCCCACCACCACCACACCAUCAUCAUCGAGUUCCACCAUACGCUGGAGGACGGCGGUAGGGAGUUCAGAAUCCGCGUGAAUGUGAAGAUGUCGCCACUCCGUACCUCGGCCGAGGCGCUCCCGCCUGCAGAGACCCAGCCGGGGCGCCCUAGGGUAUCGAGUGAUUACACGAGACCGUGGCAGAGCUCGCUACGCAAGCAGCAGUUCGUUUUUGACCCUGAGACGUCGAAGAAGCUUGUUCUGACGCUGGGCAUGGACCUUGCUCCAGGCUCCUUUUACGCCCUCCACGUUGACGUCGUCAGCGAGAUACUGCCGGUAGGAGCUCACGAGGUGCCAAGCGACGACAGAGGCCCGGUCGCAGACGUUCCGCAUGUGCAGGGGGAGGACAAAAGAGGUGCAAAGGACGUUCGGCGCGCUGUUGACGAUGGGCCUGUCCACGCACUCGGCGGGACAGCAGAGCAGGCCGGACGCGGAAAAAUGCUGAAGACGAAGCUGUGA